AUGGACAAUCCCCAAGAGGAGGAAGCGGCGGCAAAAGAGUCUUUCUACAGAGCAGACGAAGAGGAAUUGCAAUAUGUGUACGUACACCUGAAUUCCCAUUCAGCAGCAGCAGCAGCAACAAGAGUGGCGGCAAAAGCAACAGCUGAAGGAAUCAUAGCAUCUGUGAUCGCCGAGCCAACGGCAGCAGCAACAGCGGCAGCAAAGCCAGCAGCAGCAGCAGCAACAGCAGCAAUGGCAGUCUCAGCAGCAGCAAAAGCAGCAGCAGUUGCUGCUGCUUCUUUUCUUCUGAUUUUUGUCGGUGUUACUGUGCCACCAACAUAUCUAUUUGAAUACUUUGAUAGCAGAAGUGACAGACUAGGAGACUUGCGGCGUUCUGCUGCAGAGCUGUUGAGGAAAGUGGGGAGCUGGCUGGUGCCGGCGGCGGCCCCGCAGCAGCAGCAGGAGGAGCAGGAGGUGCUGCCGCCGCGUGUGAGGGGCGGCGCAGCGUGCGAGGCGCCGGUGCAACAAGCAGCGUGGGUGCGAGUUCGGGAGUGUAUCGUGGAUUUGGCGCUGAAAGAAGGUGGGGCGCGCGCAGCAGCAAAGGCGCAGCAGGAGGCGGGGAGGAGCAGCAGCAGAGCAGCAGCGGAGCAUGCGGCAGCACCCCGGGGCGGGGCGGGCGGGGCGGGGUUAGGGGUUUGGGGCGCGGCGCGGGCGCGCGGGGGGUGUGUUGGGGAGUUCGCGAAGGAAGAAAGGGAAGGCGUUGGCGAAAAGAAGACGUGCUGCAGCAGGAGCAGCAGCAGCAGCAGCAGCGGCGGGGCGCGCGGCGGCGGGGCGGGGCCCGGUGUCGCAGCAGCGGCGGCGGGCGGCCCGCAGCGGGCGGGCGGGCUGGGGGGCGGCCGGGGCGGCGGUCCUGGGCGCAGCAGGAGCUUCCUGGCGGCGGCCGGCGUAGCAGCAGCAGCAGCAGCAGUCGCAGCAGCAGCAGUCGCAGCAGUGGCAGCAGCGGGAGCAGCAGCGGGCGAAGGGCAGAGAGGCGCGCGGCGGCGGCAGCGGCGCGCACGUGCACGUGCGAGCGAAAGGCAGGAGCUGCGAAACCCUAAAUCAGGGUUUGGCGCGAUGGAGAAGUACCGGCGCGUGCGCCCCGCGCGCGAGCCGCUGGGCAGCGACGAAGUCCGCGUCACCGCCAUGGGCCGCGUCUUCAGCUACGUCGCCUACGCCGCCUCGCUCCUCGAAGACCACAAGCUGCGCCAGCUGACCAUCAAGGCCUCGGGCAACGCCAUAGGCCAGGCCAUUGCGCUCGCGGAGCAGCUCAAGCGCCGCUACCGCGGGCUGCACCAGCUCAACACCUGCGGCAACACCACCGUGGCGCUCGUCUACGAGCCGCUCGAGGAGGGGCUCGACACGGUCACCGACAGCAAGACCGUCGCUUUUCUCGAAAUCAAGCUUUCCUUCGACCCCCUCGACGCCUCCCGCCCCGGCUACCAGCCGCCCCUCGACGACGCCGCCUUCGAGGAGUUCAAGCACGCCGCCCCCGCGCCCCAGAACGCAACCUCGCAGUCGAUGGUGGCCGGGGGCCUUAUUCCCCCGGUUCCAGCAGCCACAGCAGCACCAGCAGCAGCCCUUGAAACAGCAUCAACAGCAUCAGCACGAACAGGCCAGCAGCAGCAGCAGCAGCAGCAGCAGCAGCAAUUUGAUGCCUUGCCUGAUGCGCUGUACGUCCACCGCAGUUGCCAGUCUCCGCAAGGGGACAAAAAAUCGCGAAGGACAGCGGCUGCGGGGGCACACUUGUGGGGGGUCAUAGCUGCAGCGGCAGCAGCAGCAGCAGCAGCACGAGAAGCAGCAGCAGCAAGAGGAGCAGCAGCAGCAAAAGAAGCAGCAGCAGCAAGAGGAGCAGCAGUGGUUAGGUCUGAGCGCUGUCACCUUGCCCCGACGUACAGGGAGCGCAGCGCCGUCGGCAGCAGACACAGGGGCUCAGUCAGUGCAGCAGCAGCAGCAGCAGCAGCAGGAAAGCCAGUUGCAGUAGCAGCAGCGCCAGCAGGAAAGCCAGUUGCAGCAGCAGCAGCAGCAUCUGCACUAGUACAGGAAGCGGUUCGUUAUAGCGUUGGAAUCACUCGCAAACGCAGCAGCAGCAGCAGAGGAGGUAGCAGCAGCAGCAGUGGCAGCAACAGCAGCAGCAGCAGCAGCAGCAGCAGUUUGACCUGGUUGCUGCGAAGGGCCCCGAAGGCGGUGGGGGGCCCCAAGUCGAUGGGCCUAAUGGAGACAGUAAUGGGGACUCCUGCUGCAGUGCUUGUGAUUUCUGCUGCUUCUGGAGACAGUUGUGCUGCAGCAGCAGCAGCAGCGGCGGCGGCCUCGCCGGUGAGCGCCGCUGCAGCCACUGCAGCAGCAGCAGGAACCCGAGCAGCAAACUCCGGCAGCAGCAGCAGCGCAUGCAACCCGCAGCUCAUUGCAUGCAGCACAUCUUGUGGGGAGCAGCAAAGAGAGGAAACAAAAGCCCCGGGGCUGGGGGGGGGCUGUAGAGACACCAGACGGCCCAGCACCAGCGGCACUUCCAACGUGAACGGGUCCACCUACAGCAGCAGCAGCAGCAGCAGCAGCGGCGGCGGCAGCAAGUGGGGCUCGGCGCAAGUGCUGCUGCCGCUGCAGCAGCAAAUGGGGAUGGGCGCAAAGAGUUGCAGCAGCAGCAGCAGCAGCAGCAAAUGGGACUGGGAGCAAGAACUGCAGCAGCAGCAGCAGCAGCAAGGUCCAGCAGCAACAACAAGCGAGCGUCUAUGCAGCAGAAAGGACGAGGAUCUUUUUCUACGCGGACGACAGCAGCAGAAGCAACUGCAGCAGCAGCAGCAGCAGCAGCAGCAGCAACAGCAGCAGCAGCAGACUUGA